AUGGCCUCCUUUCCCUCAUCCUCACCCCUCUUCAUCUUCCUCGUUCUUGUCACAAACCUCUGCAGUCCUCCAACACUGACCGCGUACGAAACUGUCCUGGAUGACACAUCGGAAGAACACAAGAAGAAGGGCAGUUCGAGCUUCACGGCCAUUCUAGUGGUGGCGGAUGUGAUCGUGCUGGUAGUGAUCCUGUUCCUGUUCAUCAUAUACUACAAGAAGUAUAACAAGCUCAAGAAGGAGAUGAAGAUGAAGAACCUUAUACCCAAGGACGAAGAACAUGACAGCACGAUUGUGGAGAGGGAGAGGGGGAGGGAGAAGAUGGGAACUCCUAGCCAUGUAGGAGAUAAGGGGAAGCUGGUUUUUGUGGAGAAAGAGGCGGAGGUGAAGUUCGAGCUUGAUGAUCUGUUGAAGGCGUCGGCUGAGGGGUUGGGGAAGGGUAAUUUCGGUAAUUGCUAUAAGGCGACGGUGGAGAACGGCGCCGCUGUGGUGGUGGUGAAGAGGCUGAGGGAUUUGAAGCCUUUGAACAGUGAGGAAUUUAUGAGGCAAGUGAGAGCCAUUGCAGAGCAGAAACACCCCAAUCUGCUGCCUCUGUUGGCGUUUUAUUAUUCCAAGGAGGAGAAGCUGUUCAUGUACAGAUUUGCUGCCCAUGGAAACCUGCAAAAUCGUAUCCAUGGGGGAAGAGGAACGACGGAGCGUGUGCCGUUCCGGUGGACUUCGCGGCUGGCGGCGGCGCGCGGCGUCGCUCGGGCGGUGAAGCAUCUGCAUCUGAACACGCGGUCGCAAACGACGGCGCCGCACGGGAAUUUGAAAUCGUCGAACGUGCUGUACGACGAGAAGGAGGAGAUCCUCGUGACGGACUACGGACUGACGUCGCUGAUCGCGCUGCCGAUAGUGGCGCAGCGGAUGGUGGCGUACAAGUGUCCGGAGUACGUCUCGCAGAAGAAGAUUUCGAAGAAAUCGGACGUCUGGAGCUACGGCGCGCUGCUGCUGGAGCUCCUGACGGGGAGGAUGCCGGGGGCGAACGGACUGGAUCUCUGCAGCUGGGUGCACCGCGCGGUGAGGGAGGAAUGGACGGCGGAGAUCUUCGAUCCGGAGAUUGCAGUGCAGAGAGGAACCAACCGGGGAAUGGUGCAGCUGUUGCAGAUCGCACUCAAGUGCUGCGACAAGGCGCCGGAGAGGAGGCCGGAGAUCGGAGAGGUGCUGGCGGAGGUGGAGGAUAUCAAGGUGAGCGCGGAAUCGGAGGACGAUGAGAACUCGAACUCGAACUCGAAUUCGUACUCGUACUCGUCUCUGACGGAUGAUUCGGUAUCCGGCGGCGGCGCGUCGAUCGGAAAUGCGGAAGAGCAGAGGUAACAACCAGUUGGG